AUGAGGGUCAAAGCUCUCGAGCUCGAGAAUGCUCAGCUGCGCGGCCGUGGAGGAGGUCAGCUUCCCUCGGUUGAUGAGGGCGACGUUGAUGAACUCCGUGACGAUACCACCAGCGGAGAGGAUGAUACCGAGUGGUAUCAGCUUACUCAGCGGAUGGCAGCGAUCGCUGCUAGCUCCUGA